UCUCAUUAGUUCUUUCAGUUUAUUCUGCCUAUUCUUUUAGUUUCUAUCUACAGUGGGACCAGAACCAUCACCCAGUCCACAAGAUCUCCAUUAACCGUCGUGUGACAUGGAGUCAGAUGAUGCUGCUAUGCCUAUGACGAGGUUCUGAUCUCUGGCUCUUUUCUCUCUCUCCCUCACACACACAAACAUACACGCAUCUUUUAUCUUCAUCUUGUGCACAAGAUAAGCAGCGAUGGAGUUGAAUGAGUGGCAGCAGACAUGGAGUGGAGGGCUUGAUAGAAUACUGUGUAUGCAAGGAGGAGACGACGACGGCAGCUACGCCAGGAACUCAGACGCCCCUGCAUCUGCCAUCAGCUUAUCAAAGCCAUUGCUGAUUGCAGCCAUUCAAUCCAUGCGGCUUUUCCACGGGGAGGCGUCACUGAGGAUUGCAGACUUGGGCUGUGCGACAGGGUUCAACACCUUGUCUACCAUCGACUUGGUCAUCGACACCCUGAGGGGGCGCUAUAACAAAGACUGUGCUUUCGAGCCUGAAUUCGAGGCUUUCUUUUCUGAUCUCCCUUCCAACGAUUUUAAUUCCCUCUUCCGAUCCUUGCCUCCAUUCAUUGAUAACAAGAAGAAGCGUUACUAUGCAGCUGGAGUGCCGGGAUCCUUCUACCACCGCCUCUUUCCUAAAGGGAAGCUUCAUGUGGCUGUCAGCUUAAGCGCCCUACACUGGCUUUCUCGGGUAUGGCCUAUACCAGAGGUGGUGUUGGAUAAGAGAUCACUGGCUUGGAACAAAGGAAGAGCUUGGAUUGAUGGAGCAAAGAAAGAGGUUGUGGAAGCCUAUGCUAAGCAAUCCGAUGAGGAUUUGAGGGCCUUCCUACAAUGCCGAAGAGAAGAGAUUGUCGAGGGAGGAACGUUGUUUAUAUUGAUGGCCGGACGGCAAGGCUUGGAGCAGCCGGAGAACCAGUUAGGUGACCCUGAUUCAAGGGCCAAGCACCCUUUCACAAGUUCCAUGGAUCAGGCAUGGGAAGACCUCUUAAAUGAGGGAUUGAUUGAUGAAGAGACAAGAGACACAUUCAACAUUCCUGCAUACAUGAGAAGUAUAGAAGAAGUUGAGAAGGCUUUCCAUCAAUGUGGUGGAUUUGAGAUACAAAGAUUGGAGUACCAGAGAAUAGUAGAGCAUUCAAAGGAGAAACAAGAGGAGUGGAUAAGGGAUCCAGUUUCCUAUGGUAGAGCCAAAGCCAAUCUAGUCCGGGCGACACUCAGACCUAUAGUUGAGGCUCACCUUGGACCCAAACUCUCUGAAGAGCUAUUCAAAAGAUUCGAAAAGAGGGCCUCUGCUGACAUAGAAAUGCUUCACAAAACAUGCUUUUAUGGUGUCAUUGUUGUAUGUGCAAUCAGGAAGUGAGAUAACUAACUAAACUACCUUUGCCUGAGUUGUAUGCCUCCCAUCAAACACAUACAUAUAUAACUAUGCAGACCCUUCACACCCAACUACUCAAGUCAACAUGAAAAGGAAAUUGAUUGAAUAGGAUGUAUACACUGUCUAAUUGAUCAGUGAACCCAAGUCACAUACAUUUUAUAG